GUUUACUCCGCAAUCGGCGCCCAGCACGAAAGUUUUCCUUAGCAAUGGCUCGUAGAUAUGACACUAGAACGACUAUAUUCUCACCUGAAGGUCGCUUGUAUCAAGUGGAAUAUGCAAUGGAAGCCGUCGGGCACGCGGGCACAUGUUUGGGAAUAGUAGCGAAAGACGGAAUAGUCCUAGGAGCUGAGAGGCGUUUUAUAAACAACUUGUUGGACGAAACCGUAUUCUCUGAAAAGAUUUACAAGAUCAACGACGACAUAGCAUGCGCUGUUGCUGGUAUUACGGCUGACGCCACAGUCUUGAUAAAUGAAAUGAGGCUCAUUGCUCAAAGGUACCUGUUAUCGUACCAAGAGCCUAUGCCAAUAGAGCAGCUUGUUUGUCAUAUAUGUGAUCUUCAACACGGAUAUACUAUGUAUGGUGGCAGAAGACCUUUUGGUGUUUCCAUGUUGUUUAUUGGUUGGGAUAAGCGUUACGGCUAUCAGUUGUAUCAAACAGAUCCAUCGGGGAAUUUUCUUGGAUGGAACGCCGCUUGCAUAGGGUCAAAUGCAACUGCAGCUGGCUCCAUUUUAGAACAAGACUACAAUGCUGACGCUACAGUUGAAGAGGCCACAAAACUCUGUGUAAAGGUGUUAUAUAAAACAAUGACAAUGUCUAAACUGACAUCAGAGAAGGUUGAAAUCGGGGUACUUCAAAGACGCAAUGAGAAGACUUAUGUACGUCUGAUUAAUCAAAGUGAAGUUGAUACUUUGAUAAAGACAGUCGAGGGUGAAGAGACUCAAAAGAAGUGAUACUUGUGUACAGUAAUUCAUACGUUUCAUAAAGUUUAUUAGAGUAAU